AUGACGGCGGCACCGGACAAAGACAGUUUGAGAUCCAACAUCAGUGCUACGAUCGGAAGCCUUGUUGCCUCCUUCAAGGGGACCGAUGCCGUGACACUGUUGAGCUUCCUCGCAAGCUUGCUGCCACGGUUAGAACCAGAGGUUGUACCAUCCAAUCCAAAAUGGCUUCCAUCCAUCAGCAAAUUCAUCCGCGACCUCGUCGUCAGCCGCCCCACCGCCGCCGGCCGCGCCGCCUUCACGAACCUCUCCGCGGCGCUCCUCGAGAUCUACCCCUUCCAGGCCCCGCAGCUUCUCUUCGCCGAACAAGACACAACCACCACCACCACCUCCUCCUCCAACCCAUUCUCCUACCUCCUCAUUAACCUCAUGCUCGUCGACAUCCGCGCCACCCUCCCCACCCUCCUCGAGCAGCUCAACUCCCCCACCUACCCAGCCACCUCACACCGCCUCACAUCCGCCUACAACACCCUCUCCCACUUCACCGGCUAUCUCCUCCGCUCCAUGGACUCACCGUCCACCACCUCCGACCUCUCCUGGACCAUCUCCCCCGACCUCCUCCUGCACCUCCGCAAAUCCAUCUCCGAAACCCUCUCCCUCACCACCGAAUACCUGCGCGACCGCUGGGACGCCGCCGUCGCCGGUGCCAUGGGCCUGCACCCCGACGCCCGCGCGGGCUCCGUCUCCGCCACCACCACAACCACAACAACCACAACAACCACCAACACCACCACCACCACCACCACCACGACAACCCACCCCGCCCUCGCCUGGGACUCCACCUCCAGCGAACUCCUCGCCGCCAACGACCCGCUCAUCCUCGCUGCUGUGCGCGCCCUCGCGCUCUGGAUCCGCGAGGACGACAACGAGCUGCUGCGCAAGGAGGCCAGCGGCCUGGCCGACAUGCUGGUUGAGCUGUACCAGCGGAGCCAGACGGCGGCGGCGGCGGCAAAUAGUGGGGAUGGGGAGGGGGAGAGGCGAAGGCGGUUGGAUUUCCGCCGGGCGGUGCUGGUUGCGUUUGAGGGCGUUGUUGCGGAGCGGAAGGGCAGGGAGGCGGUGCUGGGGGAGGGGGGGUGGGAGGUGUUGGGGGGGGAUUUGGAGGCGGUUUUGGGGAGGAGCCUCGGGGUGGAGGGGGGCUCUGAGGAGCGGGGGGUGGAGGAGGAGGAGGCGGCUAGGGGGGUGGAGAUUGUGCGCGUGUUGUUGCAGAUUGCGGAGGAGGAGACGCCUGGGACCAGAGAGGCUUGGAUGGAUCUCGUGACUAGGGUGGCUGCGUGGGAUGUGCCGGAGACGACGCAGGCGCCAGCGGUGGUGCUCGAGUGUCAGAUUGCGGUCCUGCAGCUGGUUACCACUUUGUUGGUGAACGCGAAUCCGGGGAUGCGGAAGCGUUACAUGCACUCGACUAGUGCGGUGCUGGGCGUUGCGAAUCGGUUGACGGGGAGGGUGAAGAGGGAUAAAGCGUUGGCGGAUGAGCUGGAGGAUGUGGUGGGGACGCUGGCUGCGUUGAGGUGA